AUGCAAAGAGUAUUAGAGUUAUUACUUUUAUCAUCUACAGCUCUUGCUGUUAUUGGUGAUGGUUUUAUUGCUUUGCCAGUGCACAAACUUCAAGCUGGUGAAGGCAGUGCACAUUUCCCUAACCGUUUACCUAUUUUUGAUGUUGUAAAUGGUGUAGCAAAAUCAGUUGAAGAUGAUGUAAACCAAAUCAUUCAACCUAUUUUUGGUAAUGGGAUCUUUUCCGGUGGUUCAAUUCAAGGAACACAUUCUGGUAAUGGACACAGUGUGAAAUAUGAAGUGUCAUUGCCCUCUUCAUCAUCACAAAAAGGUUCUAAUGGUCCAUCCUCCACUGAUAAUAAGGAUACUGAUCCAUCCAAAACUGGAUUUUCUUUAGAUGAUUUAAUGAACUCAAUUCCAACUGAUUUUUGGAAUUUAAUCGGUUUGAAUAAAGCACCUACUUCAUCUGACAAUGGUUCCAAAGAUGCAGAUUUCACUCCAAGUGCUGUCUCACAGGUCGAACAACCAACAAGCAAGAGCGUUGAAUCAACUGCUCCUGGCCCAGCUUCCUCGGCAUCUUCUUCUUCUUCACUGGAAGCUGCUUCCUCUUCGCAACCAUCAGAAGAUAGUCAACCUUCUUCAUCUGCCAACAAAAAAACUGGUGCUUUUUUCCUCAGUUUAGAUAACACUCAAACAUUAUAUACUGCUACUUUGAAAGUUGGUUCACCAGCUCAAGAAGUUCAAGUUAUGAUUGAUACUGGAUCUUCUGAUUUAUGGUUUAUUUCUUCAGGAAAUUCUCAAUGUAAAGUCAAUGGAGGGUCAAUUGAUUGUGACAAAUACGGUGUUUUUGAUAAACUGAAAUCUUCUACAUGGCAUGAUAACAAAACUGAUUACUCAAUCAGUUAUUAUGACGGUGAUAAGGCAUCAGGUACUAUGGGUCAAGAUAAUAUUACAUUUGCUGAUGGAUUUCUGAUUGAAAAUGCCAACUUUGCCGUUAUUGAUAACACUACUUCUAGUAUUGGUGUUUUCGGUGUUGGUUAUCCUGAAUUGGAAGCCGUUAAAUCAAAAUACACUAAUUUGCCAUUUGCUAUGAAAGAACAAAAUUUGAUUGCUAAAGUUGCUUAUUCCUUAUACCUUGAUUCUCGUGAUGCUGUCCAAGGUUAUAUUUUAUUUGGUGGUAUUGAUCAUGCCAAAUAUACUGGGGAUUUGAAAGCUUUUGAUAUUGUUCAAUCUAAUGAUAAAUAUGUUUAUUCUCAAAUCCCAUUGACUUCAGUUGCUUCAUCAUUGAACAAUUAUACUAAUGCUUAUGGUCUUCCUGCUGGAAGUAACCAUCCAAAAGUAGGUGCUGUUAUCUAUAAUGGUACCGAUUCUUUUAAUGGUGGUGUUGAUCUCAAAGACACUCCAACUUUAUUGGAUACCGGAACUACAUACAGUUACUUGUCCAAAGACCAAGUUGAAUCAAUUGUUGGACUUUAUGGUAAUGUUACUUAUAAUGAUGCUGGGAAAGCUUAUGAAGUUCCAUGUUGGGUAGGUAAUCCUGGUAAUUAUUUGGAAUUCAAUUUCAAAAAUGAACAAUACAUUAAAGUACCAACAUCUGAAUUUGUUAUUUCAGUCGGUACUUAUGCUAGUGGUGCUGAAUUGUGUGUAUUUGGUAUUUUACCAGGUACUCAUUCAAUUUUGGGUGACAACUUUAUGAGAAGUGUCUAUGCUGUGUUUGACUUAGAAGACCAUGUCAUUUCUAUUGCUCAAGCUGCUUAUAAUGAUAACCAUGCCGUUGUUCCUAUCGAGUAA